AUGCGUCCUACAGCUGUUUUCACGUACGCCAUGCUCGGGCUCGCGGGCUCCGUCGCCGCCCAGGUCGACUCGUCCCAAGACGACAACGGGCUUGUCGCUCGCUCCCGUGUCAGACACGGUUCCGUGCUGACCAAUAUGAUCAGGGGUGGCCGGAGCCCAGGAAUCGCCAACAUGAGCGGACGAAAGGGGCUUCGUUUUGUCUCUGAUGAAGACGAGCAUCAGCUGGAAGCUCGCUCUCCAAUCCGAUCGAUCAUCAAGGCCCCGGCGUACGUGACAAGCCGGCGAGGGCGGGGCCGUCGUUCUGUGUCUGAUGACGACGAGCAUCAGCUGGAGACUCGCUCUCCAAUUAAACUCACGCCAUCACGGCUUGGCAGGCUCAGGCAACCACGGCCUACCAGGUUCAGGCCUCUUGGCUCGUCUAAGAAGUCCCGGUCCGAGGACGACGAAUUGUUUGAGAGAGGAUUCGAUGCCGAGGAAUUUGAAGAGGAAUAUUAA